AUGGUUCGAAGACCUUUCAUAUUCUUCUUCUUCGUCUUUCGCCUUUAAGCCUGCCCUCUUUCAGAACCCUAGAUCUCUCUCUUGCUCAUCUCUUUGGAAACACAAAUUCUCAAAUUCUCAAUCUCAAAUUCAGGUAAGAGACAUGGAUGAUAGCUGUGCCGUCUGCGCUGAAAACCUCGAAUGGGUUGCCUAUGGAUCUUGUGGUCACCGAGAGGUUUGCUCAACAUGUGUCGUUCGUCUCCGUUUCGUCCUUGGCGAUCCUCGUUGCUGUAUCUGUAAGACCGAGUCUCCUAUCGUCUUCGUCACCAAGGCAUUGGGUGAUUACACAAGGACGAUCACUGACUUCUCCACCUUCCCAACAGCACCAAAGGAAGGUCGAGUAGUAGGAUCCUUCUGGUAUCAUGAAGACACUCAGGCUUUCUUUGAUGACUUGGAUCAGUACAGGAUGAUCAAAGCUAUGUGUAGGCUUUCCUGCGGUGUUUGUGACAAGGCUGAAGAUCAACCAAGGGAAGGAGGACCUGGACCAAGACAUCAUCACCGGCAGCGUAUUAAGAGUGUUGAACAGUUGAAGGGUCAUUUAUAUCAUAAGCACAAAUUGCAUAUGUGCGGUUUAUGUCUUGAAGGCCGAAAGAUAUUCAUAUGUGAACAAAAGCUGUAUACUAGGGCACAACUGAACCAACACAUACACACUGGUGACUCUGAAGUUGAUGGUACUGAGAGCGAAAGGGGAGGCUUUACUGGACAUCCUAUGUGUGAGUUCUGUAGGAAUCCAUUCUAUGGUGAUAAUGAAUUAUAUACUCACAUGACUACUGAGCAUUACACCUGCCAUUUUUGCCAAAGGUCGAAUUCAGGACAGUAUGAAUAUUACAAAAACUAUGAUGACUUGGAGAUUCACUUCCGCAGAGAUCAUUUUAUUUGUGAAGACGACUCCUGCCUUGCUAAGAAGUUUAUAGUUUUCCAGAAUGAAUCAGAAUUGAAAAGGCAUAACGCUGUUGAGCAUGGAGGUAAAAUGUCUAGGUCUCAGCGCAGCGCUGCAUUACAGAUACCAACAAGUUUCCGAUAUCGACGUGGAAAUGAUCAAGAGAAUCGUCGUGGAAGAGCCCGAUCAUUUCGUCGUGAGCCUGGUGAUGAUGAUUAUAAUCAUGCAGUUCAUGAGGCUCUUCGUUUAUCUGAGGCUGAGUAUUCUCGGCAAGAGCCUGCUCCGCCACCCUCAAGUGCACCACCUGGAUCCUCUGAGAACAACAAUAUUCACAUAGAUGAUGCUGGUUCUCUUAUUCAACCCAUGGAAUCUCUAUCAACUACAGAUAUGGAACCCUCUUCACGAUAUCUACAAGCUGUAGGAAGCUCUGGUGGUGGUGGUUCACGUCUUGGAGAAUCUGCUUUCCCUCCUCUUUCUGGUCCACCGAGAUCUGGACAGAACUUGGAAAGUUUGCCUACUAACACCAUGGCUGCUCGUCUAAGACGUCAAACAAAUCGAACUACUACUGCUUCUGCUAUUGCUAGUCCUUCUGAAGGAUGGCCAGCGGUUAACCGAAGCGCAGCACAACCAUCUAUUACUACUGGCGGUAACUAUUCUUCUUCAGGAUGGCCAGCAAUAGCGCGAACACCUAUACAAGCCUCUAGUUCUUCAGUCCAACCUAGGUCUCAUGCUAGAGUUUCCCAGCCUAGACCUCUGGCUUCUGCAGUUCCACAGGCUGUUCGUAAUGCGAAUAAGAUUCCUCACUCAUCCUCAGCCCCUGAUCUAUCUGAUACAAGAUCUCUUACGCCUUCUCCUUCUGAUUUUCCUCCAGUUUCUUCUGCUGUUGUGCAAAAUCGUAGGAUAUCAUCCAGCACUACACAAGGAUCUUCAAACACCCAGCCACCUCCAGAUGUACAAUCUGCCAACAAAUCUUUGAUUGAGAAAAUGCGAACUGCACUUGGACAUGAUGAAGAUGUUUUCAUGGCCUUCAAAAAUGUUUCAGGACAGUAUCGUCAAGGUUCGAUUGAUGCAAGAACUUACUUGGAGUACGUGAAUGGUUAUGGAUUGUCUCACUUGGUUAUUGAUCUUGCUAGACUGUGCCCUGACCCUAGAAGGCAGAAGGAACUCAUUGAUAACCAUAAUGCUAGUUUAGGUGGAGUAGGUUUAAAAGAGAAUGGUCAGUCUGCUGCACAGAGCUCUUCUCAACCUAAAGACAAUCAAAAUUCAAAGAAGAACAAAGGAAAAGCUGUUAAGGUUGCUGAACCGAAAGAAACUGUAGCAGAGAGUUUUAUGGAUACAGUGAGGAGAUUGCAAUCUUCACAGAAUCCUCAUGAAGGAGAAGAGGAAGUAAUUUCGAAAGAUAAGAAUACAUAUAGGUCAGAUAAGGGCAAGGCACAUGUAGCAAGUACCGUUGCUACGUCAACCUCAAGUAAGCAGCCACGUAAGAAAACUUCUAAGUUUCACAGAGUGCGGCUUGGGGAUGGAUCAAUGGCUGCGUUACUAGAUAUUAACAAUUCUAACCGUGAGGUGGAACCAGAAGCAAAUGUUGGUAACAUCAAUAGUAACCAACAACAGUCUGGUGUUAUACCAGUUCGUGGGGUUUGGCGUAAAGGAGGAGCUAAUCUUUUCUCGUAAAGAAGUCUUCUUGUAUGUUUCUUUUGGUUAAUGACAUGUGAAAGUGAAACUUCUCUCCUGUUUUUUUGGUCAGAGUGACAAAGUUUAGAGCAAAAUUUUAUUGAUAAUCGGUUUUUUUUUGGUUCGGUAAUUUCUAAAAAUAGUCGAUUUGGUUUUGUAACA